UAAAAAAAUUGAAAGAGCUUCAAAAAAUAGAUCUGGAAAGCCAAAACAAAAAGUUCCAAAAUCAGAAGAAAGUUAGGAUUUGAAGAGGAUUUCUAAAGCAAUUUCGUCUGUUGUUGAUCAUUCGGCAUUCUCUGGGUUUAAGAGGUCGAUUUAAACUCCAAUUUUUGUUGGACUUCUGCUGCUCAUUGCUGAAUCUGCGUGUCGAGCUCCAUCUGUUGUGCUUCACCUUUAUUCGACAUUUAGUUGUUCGUUUUACCUUCAGUAGAAAAAUUCAUCUAUGCAACGUGGGUUUUACAGAAUGCGGUUGAAUUGCUGCACUGAUAUUAAAUUCUUCAGUUCUUCAACCCCUUUGGCUCCUAUUCCACUCCCUUCUCCAAAGGAAACACAUCUUUGGUAUGUAAUACCAAAUGAAGUGAAGGGUGAAUCUCUUCUGAACAAAUAUAUGGAAAUUCUACCACCUUGUGAGAAAGAACAUGUGUCUAGUAUGCGUGGAGAUGAGCUGAGAAAAAGUGCUUUACUCGCUCGUACGCUGGUUAGAACCACCAUUGCAAGAUAUCAGAUAAAUUCUUCGAUCCAGCCCAGAUCCCUCAAGUUUAGGAAGAGCAUUCAUGGGAAGCCUGAGGUAGAUUGGCAACACUGUGAUCAUUGUGAGCCUCCUCCUUUGCAUUUCAACAUCUCACAUACAUCAUCUCUGAUAGCUUGUGGCGUGACAAUAAAUUCUCCUAUUGGUAUUGAUGUGGAAGCAAAGCAAAGGCCUGUAAAGCACAAUGUUUUGACUUUAGCUAGAAGAUACUUCACUGAACAUGAACUUCACGUGUUGACUGCUAUUAAAGAUCCCCAUCUUCAGCAUCAGGAGUUUAUCAAAUUAUGGACACUAAAGGAGGCAUAUGUGAAAGCAUUGGGGGGAGGUUUCUCAGGUGCACCUUUCAAGACGUUUACAGUUCGUUUUGGGAGUGCAAUUGGAGAAAGCCCUCACCUCUCUCGAAAUUCAAAUACCGAGGCAUCUGAAAUAUCAGUGGAUAUGUUUGACGAUCCCAGUGAUCUAACAAGCAAUUGGCAGUUUAUGCUCCUGGAGUUGGCCGGUUCUCAUUAUGCUGCCAUUUGCACAGAAAAAGAUGUCACAAGUGAAGGUAAUAAGAAUGGUCCUAUGAAGUUAACAGUAUGGAAGACAAUUCCAUUUGUUGAAGACAAGUGUGUUUCUGGAACAGAGGCAGUUCGUGUACUUUGUGGCUUUAGAUAAUACAUAUUACAUGCUGCUUGCUCUGUUUCAGUCUUGAAGCAGCCAUUCGACUGAAAAAUUCCUUCCGUGCGCUGGAUGUCUAACAUAUUGAGUCCAGUUCGUGUACUGUGUCUUCUUUUGUGGGUAGCAGUUGUGUUAUGACAUGACAACUGUAUAUUGGCGCUAAUGUUCUUUCAGUUAGUAUUUGUUGAAAGCAAAGUGAUCACGUCCUCUGAAAUUGGUGAUUUUUUUCCUUUUUGUUAUAACAGUUGUGUCUGGACUAGCUUGCUCGCACAUCAACUAAUUCAUUGGUUAUCUGUCA